ACACUAACUAGUGGGAAAAGCAAACAAAUGGAUUUCAAGAGAAGAGGAAGUUAACAGAACUGGACAAAAAAAUAGAUUUUUCAGUUUGUUGGCAGUUUCAGAAAGUAGAAGAAAAAUUGUUAUGAGUUGAACAAAAUGUUUAGGUUUGACAAAAAUCAAUGUUUCAGUUUUGAACAUUUUUUAAAUGUCUUUGAUUUUUAAAACAAACUAAAGGGAUUUUUGAAAACAGUUACAGUAAUACUAAUACAGCCAUGUCUUUCAAUAGCUGAGUGGUAUAGACAAGCUGUAGAUAUAUAGGUGGGGGAGGCAUAGGUUUGCUUACUGAGUCCUAACAUUUUUCUGCCUAAACUAUUAUCAGCUGACAGUGUUCCACAGGAGUCAUGGUAGAAGUUAGUUGUAAGGAGGAAUGGUAGUUGCUUUACAGCUUUUGGGGAACAAAGGGUGAUGGUGGUUCCACCAUAGGGGUGUGAGGAAGAAGGCAUGAUGGCGUUCCUGGGAGCACCAGACAUUGUGGCUUUCUAUUUGUCAGUUGUUAAAGCAAUACAUUCUUAAGCUUGCACAAUGUGCCAUGCUCUAGUUUGAGUGGCUCACCUCACCCACAAGAACAAAUACAAGAGAACAACAUCCUUAAACUGCAAAAGGACGGCAUCAGGGAACUUUCAAUACAGACUUUCUCUUAAAAAAAAAAAUAAGAAGAAGAAAGAGGGGCAGGGCAGACUAUUUACAGUUCUAAUUGAAAGACAGGAAAGCAUGUUUUUGAAAGCAACAGAAGUAGGAGCAGAAGACACUGUUCAAGUGCCUACAUGCUGCUCUGCUCGCUACAAUUUAGCGUUACUGGCCUUUUUUGGAUUCUUCCUGUUGUAUGCAUUACGUGUGAAUCUAAGUGUUGCUCUUGUAGACAUGAUAGAACCUAAUACAAGUUUAGCAAAGAAUACAACUUCCAAAGUGUGUCCAGAACAUUCUUCUGUCCUAAACGUACCUCGGAAUACAACGGGGAAAAAGUAUUCUUGGGAUGCGGAUACUCAAGGAUGGAUCCUUGGUUCCUUUUUCUACGGCUACAUCAUUACUCAGAUUCCUGGUGGAUAUUUUGCACGUAAAAUAGGAGGAAAGCUGUUGCUGGGGUUUGGCAUCCUGGGUACCGCUGUCUUCACUCUGUUCACCCCCUUAGCUGCGGACUUGGGGGUUGGAUACCUCAUAGCAGUCAGAGCCUUGGAGGGGCUCGGAGAGGGCGUCACCUUUCCUGCUAUGCAUGCCAUGUGGUCGUCUUGGGCUCCACCACUGGAACGCAGCAAGCUCCUUAGCAUUUCAUAUGCAGGUGCACAGUUAGGAACAGUUGUGUCUCUUCCAUUGUCUGGCUUAAUUUGCUACUACGUUAAUUGGAUUUAUGUAUUCUACAUAUUUGGUGCACUUGGAGUAUUCUGGUUCCUCUUCUGGAUCUGGUUGGUGAGUGAUACUCCGGAAACUCACAGAAGAAUCUCUCCCACUGAAAGGGAAUAUAUUCUUUCUUCCCUCAAAGAUCAGCUUUCUACUCAGAAGUCUGUACCAUGGGAACCCAUGCUGAAAUCCCUUCCACUCUGGGCUAUUGUAGUGGCACACUUUUCUUAUAACUGGACUUUCUACACUCUUCUCACACUAUUGCCUACGUACAUGAAGGAGAUCUUGCGGUUUGAUGCACAAGAGAAUGGAUUUUUAUCUGCACUGCCUUAUUUUGGGUGCUGGCUGUUUAUAAUCAUGUCUGGUCAAAUUGCUGAUUACUUAAGGGAAAAGCAGAACUUGUCCACUGUGUGCGUGCGCAAAACAUUUACCCUAAUAGGAAUGAUUGGACCUGCAGUAUUUUUAGUAGCAGCUGGAUUCAUAGGCUGUGACUACACACUGGCUGUUGCAUUCCUAACCAUAUCAACAGCAUUAGGAGGCUUUUGUACAUCCGGUUUUGGCAUCAACCACCUGGACAUAGCACCAUCAUAUGCUGGGAUCCUGCUCGGAAUCACAAAUUCAUUUGCCACUAUCCCAGGAAUGGUGGGGCCAGUCAUUGCGAAAAGCCUGACUCAUCAUAAUACUGUGGGAGAAUGGCAGACUGUUUUCUAUAUUGCUGCUUCUAUUAAUUUAUUUGGAGCAAUUUUCUUUGCAUUAUUUGGCAGUGGAGAAGUGCAGGACUGGGCAGUCAAUGGCCGCCACUUGCAUGGAAACUGAAGGAGUAUUGAGAUAUCAAGGCUAUACUGAAUCACUGUACUAAAGUCAUGUGACCUGAAAAGUGCCUUUCAUAUUGAUGCCCAGAAAGCUACAAAAGCUUUUCAGUUUAACCAUUUUAUCUGUGUACUGUUUGUACUGGAAGUCACAUGACAGUGCAUGUAUGUUAUUUCUGUAACAAGAAACUACUUAGCUCUAGUAUAAUAGCCUCAUGCUAGGACUUUAUCAGAUACUUGAUCUAAAACCUAGAAUUUUAAAUCAGUGUGCUAGGCACUAUUUUCUGCCACCUCUUAAUAUUUUCUGAAUUAAAACGGGUAGGAAGAUGUCUAUCAUUGACAGGGCAUAAGGGAGAGAAGGGAUUAUGUGUGGUGUUGGGAGGAGGAGGAAUGGUAUGUAAUAAGGAACCUUUUUUUAAUUUUUAUGAUGAAGUUGACAUGCUUCUACAAUUUUAAUGUCCAGGAACUUCCUGGUUUUCUAGAGGUUUUUAUUGUAUUUUAAUUUUUCUUUUUACCAAUAUUUUAAUUGGUGUUAUCGGACUCUGUUCUACUAUACACGUUUCCAAUAUGUAAAUGUUUCAUGUUCAAGAACAUGGUUUCACAAUUAAUACAGAGUAAUUAGAGAGCAAAUUUACAACAAGCAGCUUACAUGUGAGACAGACAGAAGGAGUCUUCCCCACUGAGAAAGGGGGGCGGGGAGAGGGGAAAGAUAUUGCCAUACCAUACAUUCAGUGUCCUGUGCAUCGACAAAGAAGUACGUUGCUAUGGUUUGAAUUCUAAGCAAUGUGAAGAUUGCACUUGAAGUGGAAUGGCUGGGUGUAUGUAUUAAAAUGAUUUUCAAUCUGACAACCUUUUUUUAUGACCUUAAGCAUUCAAAGCGAUGGAACUCUCAAAUUCUGCUCAUGUUGUAAAUUUGCCAGUAGAAAUGUACUAAAAUGAGGCCAGUGCAGAGAGUAAGGAUAAUACUUUUUAGUUCUCUUCUACGGUUACUCUAGCCCUGUUCACAGGUUAAAAAUCAGUGAUAUCGGGAAAAGAACCAGAGCAACUUCAUUUUUGGAAGUUGCCCCAGGCGCCUGAGUCUGAGAGAAUUGUGCUGUUAGUACAGAAUUCACACUUGGAGCUUUCUUUUACUAUAAAUGUACACUUGGCUGCUACACACCCGAUUAAACCCAAUUAUGAGUGAAAAUUAUAGUCUAGAAGGAAUGGGUGAUUGAAAAUCAGAGGGACCCAACUUAGAGUAUUCAUCAUGUAGUGCAGGUAAAAAUCCCCUUUCCAAACAUUCCUGGAGAGGAGCAGGUUGGUGAAGGACACUUUGCUUUGUUUUUUCCACCUAACCAACACUACAAAAAGAGAAGCCUGGCACACCUGCCUACUGGUGCUCCGGGGGAGUCUGGCUGACUUCAUUUCUAGGAAAUGGCUACUGCUUCUCUUUACCAGCUUUAAGAACUGUUGUGUUUUCUCCUGCAUUGAAGUGUCAUGUUGUCUUACUAUGGAAGUAUGUUAAAGCUGUGCUGCAUCAUCAAUUUGUUUCUACAAUAAAUGGUGCCAGAUUCAUAUGGAA